UCAUCGCUCGACUUUAGUCCAGGUCAACCAGUGGCAUUUUUCUUAUUGCAUUGGACAGGUGCUGCAGGAAAUAGUUUAAUUAUUUAAAAACUAAAAGAUGCCAAACAAAAGAGCUGCCAGGGGGUCGCCAUCUAGGGCCAUUGGAAAGAAGAGGAAGACGACCAGCAGGAAAGAAGGACAGGGAGUUCGGAACGUAGACAUCACCCAAGAGAAGGACGGAGUUGGACGUAAACGAACGGACAGGAAAAUACAGGAGGUGGAACACGUGGAGACACAAGGACCAGAAGAAAAUGCUGAAAUAUCAUCAGUGACACUAAACAGCAAAGGUCAAAGUCUUCAGAGAAUGUUUCCAACUCAAUUUCAGCUAGAUGUUAAAUUCAAUGUUGUUGAUGCAUGGGUCAUCGGCAUUGGUGUGACAAAAAAUAAUACAUUGCUCCUGUGUAAUUGGUCAAAUUCCAAUUUAUUAGUUAUGUCAGAAAAAGGCAAACAGCUGGCAACAGUUAAAAUGGAUGGGAAACAGUGGGGGAUAGCUAUGGAGGAAGACAAGAAUACAGCAUGGGUCACACUACCAGAAAUACAGUCUAUUCAAACUGUAGAUAUAGUAACAAUGAAGAAGGGACGCUUGAUUAAAGUGCAGGACACCUGUUAUGGUAUAGCUCUUAUUCACGACGAAAUUGUUCUUGGUGGUAGCGGAAAAAUAUACAUAAUAAGCAAUACAGGUGAAUCAAAGAAGAUAUUUGAUGUUGGAGGAGGCCCAAUACAUUCAAUAUCAGUUAGGGAAAAUUUUGAACUUUACUAUGCUCAAGCUGAUGAAGUAAAUCCUUCAAAAUUGAAAUGUGUAGGACUAGAUGGAACAGUACGGUCUGCUUCUGUAGAAGAUAUUAAUCACGUGAUCGAUAUUAAAACCGACAGAAAAGGAAAUGUAUAUUUACUAGAAUACCUUUCACCAAAUCUGAAGCUGUUUUCUGUUAAAGAUAAGUCUAUUAAAUCCAUGUUGACAUCAAAAGAUAAUCUUACUGAGUCAUAUGGUUUUGCUCUCAGACAAGAUUUUUCUAAGCUUUUCAUUUCAAAUUACACUACCAUGGAGAUAUUGGUAUAUUUGUGUAAAUAAAUACCAGAGAAGAAAAUGUAUAUAAGCACAUGAACAAGAACUUUCUUUUUACAAAUACGUACAUUUCAUUUAUUGUAAGGACACUUUCGAUCGGAGCAAACUAGUAAAACGUUCAUGAGGAUAGAAUUUGUAAAAUACCAGGAAACUACUAACAUUCCGUUGCUUUCGUUAUUGCUAUUCGUCAUCAUGACCGUUUUUAUUAAAGUUUUCAUGUAUGAUACUUGAAAAAUACUAACAUUCCAAAGACGUUGCUUUCCUGAUGGUUAUUUGUCAUCAGGACAGUUGUUGGAAUGUUUUCCUCGCUAUACAUGCAUGAAUACUAUACUUGAUUAUCGUAGUAUAACUCCUUUGUCUUAAUCGUAGUGACCAGAUAACUUCCGGUAGGAUUCUGUGAAUCCUAGUCAAUAUCAAUGUUGACAUGUUUGAUAACAAAAUAUAUGAAUUUGGUUGGCAUUGGUAUGUUAAUUGAUAAAAUAGAGAUUGCAAACGGGGAAUGAGUCAAAGAGACAACAACUCGACCAAAGAGCAAAAACAACCAAGGCCACCAAUGGGUCUUCAACACAGCGAGAAAAUCCCGCACCCGAAGGCGGGCUUCAGCUGGCCCCUAAACAAAAAUGUGUUUUAGCUCCACGAAAAUAGACGUCACACUAAACUCCGAUACAUAUAAUUGAACCGAAAUUAAAAGAAAAACAUACAAUACUAACUUGGAACUGGCGCAAAAAUUUAGCGGGAUUAAACAUGUUUUGUGAGAUCUCAACCUUCUCCAUAUACCAACAAUAUAGAAUAAACAAACACACAGCAAACUCUGGUUUAACUGUGAAUAAUUGUCUUUGUAAUUCAACCGCUUGAUUAAAAGUAAUGGACUAUUAUAAUUUAAUUGAUCACUAAUUUCAUCACCUUCAAUUUUAUCAAUUAAAGAGUUAUAAUUAUGACUCUCCUUGUUUUGCCUGCAUAUCUUUUUUAUUGUAAUGUGUAUACUGAUGACUCUUGAUCAAGGCUCCGUUUCUUUUAUGUUUUGACCGUCCAUUUGCAAUAUGGCUGCAAAAGGGGUGCUUUUGUGUGGAACCAUCAAGACUACUCUUUCAUUUCCAAUCCUUCCACUCUUCGUUAAGGUUUUACAUUUUAUAUUUAUAUAUAAUCCUUGCUUAAUGCUAUCAAAUUAAUGUUAUUGCAAAAAAGUAUGUAAAGAAAAAUCAAGAUUAUGAACACGAGUUUUAAUUUUUGCAAACCUUUCUGUUGCAUUGAUAAAAACAUCGCAAUAGUUUUCGAAACUACUGAAAGAACCUGGCUUUUUACUUAACAGACACCCGAACAGGUUUUAAACUUGUAUUGACUAUUAUACAUUUUAUUUCUAUGAAUACACAAACAUUUUUAUGUUAUCUUAUCUUUAGAAGCAAAUGCAACAGAAGCGCAGAAUAAUAUAUAGAGAUUAAUACAUGGCCUUUUCCAUAUCGGCCCGAGUAUCAUCCCGAGACCCCCAUAUCAGCCCGAUACGUAGUCGAGGUGCUGAUAUGGGUCGAGGGAUGAUACCCGGGCCGAUAUGGAAAAGGCCAUGUAUUAAUCUCUUUAUCAUAUAUUUCCGACAAUUGUUUUAUGUAAGGCAAAUAAACAAAUGAAAUAACUAAAACAGUCAAAAACUGUUUAAAGAAGUUAAAUCAUGAAUCCAACAAAUACACUAUAAUUGUCCAACAAAAGCAUCACUACCUCCAUAUAUAUUGCUACCAUUUCCUAUAGAGGCAUUUUGAAACAUUAAAAAUUUGGUAGCUGGAAGCAUGGAGGAAGUAUUUACAGUUUUAUGACCAUUAUUACUACAUUUAUAUGAGAUGAUUCAUAAUUGUCAAUGGCAUUUGUUAGCAAAUACUAAUUGUAAACUAGCAUCAUUUUGAAAAUCUAUAGCAUUGGCUUUAGCCAUGUUAACAUAUGUUUUUCAAUAACAGUUGGUUCUGUACAAACAGAUUUACCACUGGAUCCACUAAACCUUAUCGCUAUUUGUCCGCCAUUACUGGACAUCACAAAAGUUCCCGUAAAUUUUGACGUCAUAAUAAAAAAUAUCUGACGCCACAAUGGAAAAGUAAACAUACGAUACCGGAAAUACCAGAAGUAACUUGUACGAGAGGCACUGUUAUGGGUUUUUUUGCACGAGACGCCCCUGAUAUGGGUUAUCAGCCCGGGUGGGAAAUUAUGGCUUGUGUAUUUCCGUUCAUUACACAUAUGCAAAAGCUAUCAUAUUAAUGCUAAGUAUAUGAUAAAUACAAAUAAGCAGAUAUGUUAUGAUUGCCCAUAACAGAACAGUAAAACAAUGACAAAUGCACAAGGACUGAAACAAAUACAGGUCAUUCGCCUAUUUUGCAAUAUUUUCAUUAGGUGCCCAUUUAUGACGUCAAAUUUUAAAUGAAUACUAAUUAAAAAUAUGUUUGUCCUUGACUUGAUUCCUUUUAUUUUCAAUCGUAGAAUAAAUUACUGCCUCUUCGUUCACUUCUUCUUGAUAAUCAGAAGAUAUAUGAACAGGAUCUAAGACUGACAAGAGGUGAAAUUUAGGACGAGGAUGUAGUAUAAUUACCCCUUAGAUGCAAUAAUUACAACCUAUUGUAGAAAUCGGUUGCUUAUCUGUAUAUAAGAUAGUGUUUCAAAAGAUAUACUGUAACUUGUCGAUAUAAUCUUAUGUGCUGAAAUCAGAUUUAUUUUCGCAGGCAUAACGAUAAAGUCCAGAGACUACAUUUGAGACUGAAAAUACCGAUUGACGGAAGAAUGAUUAUUUUUGGUAUAUCCGUCCAUUUUGUAACCAGGGCAGUGAUAUCUGUCGGAAUCUAGUUGUCAACUUUAUAUUAAAAACAAAUAUUAAAAGAAAAAUGAAAGACGUCUGCCAAUGCAUUAUGCUUCAUAGAACGUAAUAUAGAAAUAUUCACAACUUUAGUACUGGUGUUGAUAAAGUAUUUAAACCAUUUGAUGCCAUGCAAUUAAUAAAAUUAAUGACUGAGUCCUUUAAAA